ACGGUUUAAAGUGGGCGUGAGAUCGGCUGUCUUUUCUCUCCAACACGGCCGCUCGGCGGCUCCGCCCACCUCCAGUGUUUUCGUCGUUCCAUCCCUCCUGUUCGCAGGCGGGGAAUGUCGGCUGGGCGCGGGUUAAAAAUAAGCCCAUCAUCCCCUCUUCUCCUGGUUGACACUCCUCUCUGGGUCACUCGGAGCAUUCGGUGGCUUCAUUGGCUGGCAGCAGGAAUAUGCGAAGAUGGCCACGGACUUGGGCGAGCUGCUGGUGCCGUACAUGCCCACCAUACGGGUGCCGAGAUCAGGAGACCGAGUGUACAAGAGCGAGUGCGCCUUUUCCUACGACUCUCCGGAAUCAGAAGGUGGAUUGUAUGUGUGUAUGAACACAUUCCUGGGCUUUGGAAGAGAACAUGUGGAGAGACAUUACCGUAAAACUGGACAGUGUGUGUACAUGCACUUAAAACGUCAUGUGAAGGAGAAAGCCACAGGUGCUGCUGGGGGUGCUGUGCCAAGAAGACGGAACGGAAAAGUAUUUUUAGAUUUAGAACUUAACCGUGACUUUAACGGGGAUGAUUAUGAAUAUGAAGAUGAAGCCAAGCUUGUCAUAUUCCCAGACCACUUUGAGAUCCCUUUACCAAAUAUCGAGGAGUUGCCUGCCCUGGUGACAAUUGCUUGUGAUGCUGUACUUAAUGCUGCUUCUGCAUACAAAAAGCAAGAGCAAGAUUCAUGGGAGGAGGAGCUUCAAGUGUCCAAGCAUGCCAGAAGUCUCCAACAACAAGAGAAUGGAGUUCGGAUUCCUCCCAGUGGCUGGAAGUGUGCCAAGUGUGAAAUGCGAGAGAACCUGUGGCUGAACCUGACAGAUGGCUCGGUCCUCUGUGGGAAAUGGUUCUUCGAUGGAAGCGGAGGGAACGGACAUGCCCUCGAACACUAUAAAGAAACCAAAUUCCCGCUAGCAGUCAAGCUAAACACCAUCACCCCAGAUGGAGCAGACGUUUACUCCUUUGAUGAAGAAGAGGCAGUACUUGAUCCUCACAUAGCAGAACACUUGACACAUUUUGGAAUAGACAUGCUAAAGAUGCAAAGAAUGGAGAAUGGCCAUCACACAAACAACCAUGUGCAGCCUCGAGCCACUGAGUGGGAGGUGAUUCAGGAAUCUGGCCUAAAGCUGAAGGCAGUCUAUGGUUCAGGGUACACAGGCAUCAGAAACCUGGGCAACAGCUGCUACCUCAGCACCACUAUGCAAGUGCUCUUCAGUAUCCCUGAGUUCCAGAGAGCGUAUGUCGGAAAUCUGCAGAGAAUUUAUGAUUACUCGCCCCUUGAUCCUACCCAAGACUUCAGCACGCAAAUGGCCAAACUGGGUCAUGGACUACUUUCAGGCCAGUAUUCCAAACCACCAGUCAAAUCAGAACUCAUUGAACAGGUGAUGAAAGAAGAAUACAAGCAGCAGCACAAAGGGAUUUCCCCCAGAAUGUUCAAGGCUCUGGUAAGCAAGGGCCACCCAGAGUUCUCCUCAAAUAGACAGCAAGAUGCCCAAGAAUUCUUUCUGCAUUUCAUCAACCUCAUAGAGAGGAAUAGCGCUGGCUCGGAGAACCCCAGCGACGUGUUCCGCUUCAUCGUGGAGGAGCGUAUACAGUGCUGCCAGUCACAGAAAGUGCGUUACACACGAAGAGUGGACUACAUUAUGCAGCUUCCUGUGCCCUUGGAGGCUGCAACCAACAGAGAAGAGCUCAUGGCCUAUGAGACUAAGAGGAAGGAUGCUGAAGAAAACUUGCAUGCUCCUCCAGAUCCAGUGAGGGCCCGCAUUCCCUUCACUGCCUGUCUACAAGCCUUUACUGAACCUGAGAACGUUCCAGACUUCUGGAGCUCAGCACUGCAGGCCAAGUCAGCUGGAGUGAAGACUUCUCGCUUUGCAUCUUUUCCUGACUACAUGGUUGUACAGCUCAAAAAGUUCACUUUUGGACUGGACUGGAUUCCAAAAAAGUUAGAUGUUUCUGUAGACAUGCCUGACUUUAUGGAUUUGAAUCGGCUCAGGGCUACAGGGCUACAAGCAGAUGAAGAAGAGCUCCCUGACCUUAUGCCUCCAAUUGUCAUUCCUGAAGACACAAGAGACAGCUCAGUGAAUAAUUCUUUGGACUCUCCAGAAAUAGACGAGACCUCUGUGAUGCAGUUGGCAGAAAUGGGCUUCCCUCUGGAGGCCUGCCGGAAGGCCGUGUACUACACUGGGAAUAUGGGAGCUGAAAUGGCCUUUAAUUGGAUCGUUGCUCAUAUGGAGGAGCCAGACUUUGCAGAGCCCCUUGCGAUUCCUUCAUACAUGGAGGCAGACCUGCCCAGUGCCAGCUUUCCCACUGCCAGCCCUCUGGAUAACCAGCCUCCUGAGGAAAGCAUCUCAAUCCUCACUUCCAUGGGCUUCCCCAGACAUCACACUAUUCGAGCCCUGAAGGCCACAAAUAAUAACCUGGAGCGGGCGUUAGAUUGGAUCUUUACUCACCCAGAGAGUGAAGAAGAGAGCGAGGCUAUGUCUGACAUGGCUGACACUGAACCCAAUGAUACCAGUUUCUCAAAUCCCAACACACACAGUGACUCCACGCUGUCCCCAGAGCAGGAAAUGUGUAGUCCACGUGUUAGAGACGGCCCUGGACGGUAUGAACUCUUUGCCUUCCUAAGUCACAUGGGAACAUCAACAAUGUCUGGUCAUUAUGUAUGUCAUAUCAAGAAGGAAGGAAGAUGGGUGAUAUACAAUGAUCAUAGAGUAUGCUUGUCAGAAAGGCCCCCCAAAGACUUAGGUUACAUUUACUUUUACCGGCGUCUGCCCAUUUGCUAGUUUGGACCUUAGAGUAGAGCCACGCUGCCUGCAAGGCACAGAAAAGGAGGAGGAGGAUAUUACUGACACUGCAGGAAGCCUGGGAGGUGUUCGCACUAUAGAGAAGGAGAGAAUUCACCUCAAACACCGCAAAGACCUGCAAAGAAAAGGCUCCCCCAGUACAGGCAUGGUCACAUGGAGGUGGUUAAUCAUCUGUUCAUUUCUUUAUUGUUGGUUUGCUGAGAAUAUAUUCUGUACUGGAGAUACAGAGUGAAGUGUGCUGUUUAAAAUAUGCAGAUUAAUGUUCUAAUUUUUAUUUAUAUAUAUAUACACACAGAUUUGUUUUCUCUUUCAAUGCCUUGAGCUACUAUGCCAGUAUUUUUUCAAGCAAUCUUUUUUUUUUUUUUUUUAAAUGCAAACAUGAUUCUUCCUGGAUGUGGAAGUAUCGCUACUGCCAGCCCUGAUUUAUCCCAAGUUCAAUUUGUGUUCUUGGAAUUACAUUUUGGAUGUGCACUGGAACCCAUUACUGUGUUAAAAACAUUUUGAGGUUCACUGAACUUUAUGAAGUAAAGUGGAACUUAAGUUGCGUAAUAUUAUGCACAAGUACGCACAAACUGUUAAAGUAUUGGGUGAAGCAAAUUAGAAACGUCAAGUUUCUAAUUAAAUAUGCACUGUUACUAUAAUCUUUAUAUAUCCUUGAGCUUUUGGGGGGAAAAUAAUUCAACAGAUUUAUAUUCUAUCUUGUAAAAUGUCAGCACAAUGGAAAUACAGUAACUCCAUGAGGUUUACACCUUUAGUCAGUGUUGCAAGGCAAGAACGAUGUACCAAAUGAUUUGUGUUGUGCAAUAGUUAAGUGCUUUAUAUUCAUUGCCUUGUCCAGGUUCUCAGACUGCACAGGUCUGAUUCAUCGUAGUGUUUUCAUCUCAUUUUAUUCUCAAAUACAUGAAUAGACCAUUUGUAUCCAAUAUGUAAGCAAUAUAUAUAUAUUGACAAGUGGAUUCAACUUUCUAACAUCAUAUGCAGCGUCUUGCAUCAAACUUGGAUCUCAGUUUUUGUCAGAUCUUUGGGUGAUGUUAAUGUAGAAUGUAUUCUGUAUGGUGCUCAAUAAUGCCAAAUCUCUCACACUUUUCGAUGUUUUCCCCACAGGUUCCUCACAGAGGCAUAGAAUAGUAUGUAUGAGAAAUUGAUUUAUUUUGUCUUUCUUUUUACCCCAGCUACUCAUACAUUUUUCUCUGGGACAUUUGUACCAGAUAAACCGAUAUUUCUUGACAUGUUCUGUUUUAAUAUAGCAAUGUUUUGUUUCUUUCACUUUCUCUCUUCUCAGAUCUUAAGAGUUUAAGCAUACGUCAUAUGCUGUAUGUCUCCACUUUUCCUGUCUGCCUUUUUCUUUUCAGAGUGUGAAAGGUGAUGCUUCAAACACCUCCUUCAGCAGGGCUUCAUAUUAUCAGCUUGUGCACUACAAUCCAAAAUGUAUAAGUUAGCCAUUCGAUAUUUUGAAAAUGUAUAGUAGAGCUUAUGGUUCAUCUGUUUCUUCGUGUUUUUCAAGGAACUGAAUGUCACUGAAAGUGGUACAAAGUUUUUAUUUUAUUUUUUUUCUUUAUGCAAAUGUGUGCCAACCCCAUGGUUAUGCAAAUUUACACAACGUUCUUUUGCAAUGGAUUUUCCUAUCCAAAUAUUGCUUACAACAGAACAUUUAUGAGGGCAAAUGUGUUCAUGAGAGCAGUCUGUCCAAUAACACUAUUGACUGGACUAUUAAAUUAACCAAAUGACACAA